AUGCUUGCUGGUGCAAGAAAAGAAUUGAACAUAAUCAUGGGAUACAUUUUGAAGUUUUGUAGCUCUGGCGAGUUGCAGGAAAGUAACCAUUUGAUAUGUAGAGAUUUGAAGGAGACCAGGUUAGAAGCAAUUGCUAUGAAUUCGGGAGCAGCGCACCAUUUGGUGAGUGUAUACGAUUACGAUGCCGUGAGAGAUGAACUUGGCGUUUUUCAUGCCUGUGACAGGCGAACAGGUGCCGUGUGUUGCAGCGGAGAGGACAAACAUGCUGAGAGCGUUAGUUUGGAAAUAGCGCGGAUGGACCGACGUGCAAAUUACAGAGUGAUAGAACUGCCGGUAACACGUGCCCUGUACUCCAAGCUGCAAAAACUGACACAUGCAAAUUUAGAUGUGGAUCUAACCGAUAUUGAAGUGUACCAUACUUUGAUGUGCCUGCUAUUCUGCUGGGAUGAGCCCGAGGUUAUCGCAUUUGUGAUCUGCAGCCAUUUCCAGAGCAACCCGAGUUCGUACCAACGGUUACUGGCAUACGACGCAGAGAGGAACAGAUGCGGAGGGAGUGGUGCUCAGGCUUGCACGUUAUCACAGGCUCUUUUGCACUUAGGAACGGUAAUACGCUCAGGCAUAAGCUUUCACCUAGCAAGCAGCGAAUUUUUUAGCGAAACCGCUUUCUCAGGACAUCAUGACAACAAGAAGGCACUAUCAAUGCGGCUGCUGCUGCAUGAGUUGCAGGUCGGUGUUUUUAUCAAUUUUCUGUUCAUGAGCAGCGCAUUCUUAGCUGCCAAUGACAGACUGCUAGCUGAGAAAUUUAAUUACGAUGAGGACGUGUCGCGAUUGGAGGUGCAAAUUAAUUUUUUGGAACAAUCACAGUGCUGUGACGGUGAAGCAGAUUCAAAAGCGGUGCUGCAACAAAGACUGGCGGGUGUGGCAGACUCAAAAUUUCUAAAACUCAGAAAUGUGGUCAGAAUUGUCCUGAACCUUGGCACAAUCGAUUUUAUGCCUCAAUUCAACUGCUUAACAGGUUUAACCAACAAGCUCUCUGUGCGGUAUUUUCAUCCCAGAGAGCGCUGUUACAGCGCUAUCCCAUCAACUCUGCCCGAAGUAGAAGUAUCGUUUACAUCCAGCAUAUCGCAAGGCUGCACAUGCUAUCUGUCAAACAAUUUAACCGUGCUGACCAUUUCUAACGCAAUGAUCAGCCACAACCUCUCCUUUGAGCCCAACAUGCGCGUUCUGAGACUCAAAAACACGAGAAUAUGUGACGGACAGUGUAUCGUUCUGAACACGCAGCUGAAAUUAGCAGAAUUUGUGGAUGUUAACGGUUCUAUCAGUCCCUGCGGAAACGGAUGCUGCGGCACGGUUUGCCUGGAUCAAUCACUCGGUGGCAGUUUUUCUUACGAGGUCGAUGAAGCGAACAGCAAAGUGAAAUUAAGCAUCACCAGUGCUAUAGCAGAUGGUGUUGAGCUUGAGCACAAUGUUACGGAUAUCGUUUUGGACUGUGUUACAGUAAACGAAGAGGAAGUGCUUACACUGAACAGCGGCUUCACCAGCUUAUCGAUUCACGGCUGCACAGGCCGAAUUAACUUUUUAGGAUUUAUGAACCUUGCCGAGUUACCCUUUGCGCAGGAUGUUGGCUUCGAUUACAGCGUUGAUGAAGGAGAGGGAUCGGCAUUGGUGGUGAUUGAUGGACUAGAACUCGAUUGUGACACGGAAAUGAAUCUGCAAAUUACUUGUACAGAGCUUGUGGAUGUUAGGACAGGCACCCACUGUCUGUUCAUUGAAUGCCAAAAUUAUCCGUGCCGAUUGAGCUUGCAAUCAUGUACGGGCAAAUUCGUUCUGGCAGGAGCAAGGUCUCUCGAAAGGUUGAGCAUCGUUUUAAAUGACCAGGACAAUUUUAUUCUUGAUUUUGAGGAGGAUCUAUCGAUGCUUAGGCACUUGAGCCUCUCAUACCACAGUAUACACGAGAAACUGAUAGAAAGAAUCUUACGGCUCGGGGUACGCCUUGAGGAGCUGGUAAUACAUUGCUCUGAUCCGGAUUAUGCUGAGCAUCAUUCCAAUCUUGGUGCAGAUGAAGCGCCCUUGGGAGAACAAGAAGAAACUUUAGAUGGGAUGGAAAUCGGCAAUGACCAGCACGAAGUAACUCAAUCACCCGAUAAUAUGGGGAAGAGAGUCUCAGAUGAUGGGCAAAAUGUGCUCUUUAGACAUUUUAUGGAGAAUACUUCCGUACAAAGAACCUUGAGAUCGUUAGAGGUGACAGGCUUCGGAGUUGCUGUGUUUGGCUGUGAAACACUGAGUUGCUUUCUAAAUCUGAGUGAGCUGCACAUUUCGUUCUACUCGCGUGAUCUCAAUUUUAUUUUGGAGAGUCUACCCGUAAAGAUUAGCUCUUUAACUGCGGUCUGUAGAACCGGAUGUUAUGGCGGACAUCAAAGUAUGAACAUAAGCGCGAGAGCCUGUAUGAAAUUGAAAGGACAUCCUAUGCUGAGAGUCCUGCAUAUCAACGGUUGUUCUAUCGGUAAUAUCGAGGUGCUGCUAGAGAAUUUACCAAUGCAGCUCGAGUCGCUAUCACUCACUUUGAGCAGAUCAAAAUAUGGAAGUAAUGGAAAGAGCCUGUCGAAGGUUUGUCUAGUUGAACUUAUUUUGAAUUUCUCCGAUUGGUGUCCUUCUGGUUUACUACCUGGUGAGAUGGACAAGCACAAGGAACUUGAAGAGCUUCUGAUCUUUUUUUCAAACUAUGUUCAUCUUACGUGUGCCAAGACCGUGGUGUGCGCUUAUAAUGGUCAAGGCUAUGACAUCGACCUGAACAAAUUUAAUUUUUUUAAUGGAUGCAGCCAAGCGUAAAAUGGCGAUGCUUACAGCGAUUGAAACAACUGUUACUCUGAGGAAGAUGCCUGUGAUUAUUUGGUAAUGAUGCUUUGCACAGAGUCUAUCACGACUUAUGUGCUGAGGUCGUUCUACGGCUGCAGCAUACCUUUUUGCUGUGCUAGGUUGCUGCACGGGUCUCUUCAUCAAACAAAGAGCAGCCGUGGUCAGUCCCAGCAAACCAAAAAAGCAGUUUUCUCGGAUAUCGUUGCUAUGUGAGGAUAUAAAUAAAUGAUUGAGUGAU